CUGCGCCAAAAGGCACACUAUUCCGUCUUUCUAUUUCCCACUCAAAAUAUAUGUUCGUUAAAUCGUAUGAGGCUCUCUCGUCAAAGGAUCAAAGCUUCUCAUCUCUCUGUGAGUCUCCACAGCCAAAGGAUGCCAACGAUGGGUGCCCCGGAAAAGGAUCCUAGAGAGGAAGUUGUUCAAGCAUGGUACAUGGAUGACAGUGAUGAAGAUCAGAGACUCCCCCAUCACCGGGAACCAAAGGAGUUUGUAUCCCUAGAUCAACUUACUGAACUUGGAGUACUCAGUUGGAAACUGGAUGCUGAUAACUAUGAAACUGAUGAGGAGUUGAAGAAGAUUCGUGAAGAUCGUGGUUAUUGCUACAUGGACUUCUGUGAAGUUUGCCCAGAAAAGCUGCCUAAUUAUGAAGAGAAGAUCAAGAACUUUUUUGAGGAACACCUUCACACUGAUGAGGAGAUACGAUACUGUGUGGCAGGAAGUGGUUAUUUUGAUGUCAGGGAUCAUAAGGACAAGUGGAUUCGUGUUUGGUUAAGGAAGGGGGGAAUGAUUGUUUUGCCUGCUGGAAUUUAUCACCGCUUUACUCUGGAUGCAAACAACUACAUCAAGGCAAUGCGGCUGUUUGUUGGUGAUCCAGUCUGGACUCCAUUUAAUCGUCCUCAUGAUCAUCUGCCUGCAAGGAAGGAGUAUAUUAAAGCUUUUGUGGAGAAGGAAGUCGGCGAUCAUGCUGCCGCCUGAAUUCUUUAUUAACUUCGAAAAUUGGACUUAAAAAUGAAAAUAUUGCAGCCUGCUGCCUACUACAGUUUCCUGUGCUUGUAUGCUGCGUCUCUCUUUCUCUCUCUGCUAGCCUAUUUCCUUACUAUUCCCGUUUAGAACGCUUAGCUACAAGACAUUAUACUUAUAUCUUCCAAUUUUCUGUGCAUGGAUACACACUUCUAAAUAUGGAAUAAGCUUUUUGUAACCUGGUUGUAUUAUAAUGCAUGCACUUCUUGGGUGAGGCCCCUCUUA